AUGAUUGCAUCUGUGGGCUACAAGUUCGCUAUUAGUGAGCUUUCGGCAGUGAAGAACGGCUCUCUUGUCUCGGAACCCGAGCCAUGGAUCAAUGACUUCCCGCUUUAUGAUAUCAACCGGGCAUUUAUUCAUUUCAACCAGUUUUCUCAAGAGCCUCCCUAUGCUGCAAAUAUGUCCCUGCUACCACCCAAUGGCUUGGCUAUGGUUGGCCAUGCCAAUUGCUUUUCAACCAGCAGAGCUGAUCAAUUCUACCCUGGUGACGUUGGAACUCUUCAUACUCGAGAAGUAGUUUUAGUGGCCAAUGGCUCAGUGGGCAAAGGUGACUUUUAUAUGACAGAAGACCCAGGCGACUGGCAUCGAAUGGAGACGACCAGCACCAACUGGUUUGAUCCGCCUCAAAGAGCCCUGGUUGAGUAUCGGCUCAAUGGGUCUGGGAGUCUUCAGAUCCAAUGGGCAAAGAAACCAAACAAAUCUUCAGAUUCGUGGAGGAUUCCGGUAGAGCAUCGAACUGCAGGUUUCUGCCACGGGCGGCUCUCUCGUUCCUUUCUUUCAGAAAUGACACUUUUCGAAAAGUCCAUCGCUGCUGUGAUGCCAUCCUGGGGUAACAUAACAGCCACAGAGCGCUUCAACAUCUCGGACCUGAUGCCACAGUACGACGUCUGCCUACAUGCAACAACCUAA